GGUGAGGAGUGGAACCGCUACUUGGUUGUGCAUCUAUCACCAUGGUUGACACACGUACCGGAAAGAGCACUUCCCCUUACACAGCUGAAGAGGAGGCAAAGGCCGCCGCCAUCCUCAAAGAGAGAAGAGAGAAGAAGGAAGCCAAGAAAAAGGCCUUGAUCGAGGAACAGGCGGCGAAGUUGAGAAAGAUUGAGGAGGAGAUGGCCAGAGAGAAGGAGAGGCUAAAGAAAGAAGAGGAAGAUAAGUUAAAGGCGGUGGACGAGGAGGAUGAACAGGAGGUACCACUGGAAAGAAGAAGAAGGGAGCAAAGAGGGGAAUCCAGUGGUACACAAGCUGAUCAGUUGGAGAAGAAGAUUUCAGAGUGGGUGGCCAAUUUGUCCCUCCGAGAAGACGAGGAAGCAAUAAUGUAUGUGCCCAGGGAAGAACAAGAGGCGGCUAUGAAAAAGUGGGAGGCAGAAGAGGACCCACUCAAGCGACAAAUCAUAGAAGAUGAUAAGAGGAUGGAGUGGAAGUUCCGCCUAACAAGAGAAAGGAAAGCGAGAAUGGAAGCAGUGAGUCAGGCGGCAAAAGAGUUGGAGGAGGUGAAAAAGCAGAGAGAGCAGAUUGCGGCGAAGGAGGACCUGUUGGGGAAGAUGGAAAUUAUGGCGAGAAAUAUAGAGCGCCUGACGUCGGGGGAGGAACGGGAGAGUGGGAGAGGUCGGGACAGGGAGGUUGGGAUGGGGGAUGGGAACAGAGAAGGGAAAGGUCGGGAUCAGGUCCGGAGGUCAGGAUGGGAGAUGGGUUGGGAUGAUGUCGGGGGAAGGAAGUCGAGGAAGGAAAGGGAGAAGGAAGAGGUCGGGAUGAGGUCAGGAUGGGAAGGGAGUUGGGAUAGAGGAGGAGGGAGGAGGAAUCUAGGCAUGGAAGAAGGUCAGGAUGGGAGUUGGGAUAGAGGAGGAGGGAGGAGGAAUUUAGGCAUAGGGCAAGGUCAGGGGAGGAAGGGGAGAGGGGGAGAGGUCGGGACGGGGAGGUCGGGAUGGGAGACGGGAACGGAGGAGGGAGAGGUCGGGAUCAGGUCGGGAUCAGGUCGGGAUCAGGUCGGGAGGUCGGGAUGGGAGACGGAAGGAAAGGGAGAAGGAAGAGGUCGGGAAGAGGUCGGGAUGGGAUGCCAGUCGGGAUAGAGGAGGGAGGAGGAAUCUAGGCAUGGGAGAUGGCUCGGGACGAUGUCGGGAUAGGGGAGGGGGACGACGAGCUCGGAGAAGGAAAGGGGGGAGGGAGAGUUGGGACGACGUCGGGGGAAGGAAGGAGAGGGGGGGAGAGUCCGGAUCAGGUCGGGAGGUAAAGGGAGGAGGAAGAGAUCGCGAUGACAUCGGGAUGGGAGUUGGGAUAAAGGAGGAGGGAGGAAGAAUCUAGGCAUGGGAGAAGGUCGGGGGGCAAGGUCAGGGGAGCAAGGGGAGAGAGAGAGAGGUCGGGAUGGGAGGUCGGGACCGGGAGGUCGGGAUGGGAGACGC